UACCCCAAACAGAUCAGAGUGGGCUGGCUCAGAGACGGACAGGAAGUCACCUCUGAUGUCACUUCCACUGAUGAGCUGGCAGACGGGGACUGGUACUACCAGGUCCACUCUCACCUGGAGUACACGCCCAGGUCUGGAGAGAAGAUCUCCUGUGUGGUGGAGCACGCCAGCCUGAAGGAACCUCUGGUGACUGACUGGGGUAAAUACCUGUCUGUCUGCUCACCUGUCUGUCUGCUCACC